GUCCAUCCGCGCCUCGCAAACUUUCCCAUUUCGGCGAACGAGCUCGUCGCUGCGUCUCUGCUCGAGUCUGCGGUUGCUACUGUCUCGGCGGCCGCCAUGUUCGCUGCAUUUGCACGAUGCUCCUCUACGCCGCUGCGCCAGGCGAGGCUCCCUUCCAGCACAAACAUUGUCGCGCGUAUCUGCAGGUCGCUGUCCUCACAACCAGCGAAUCCCUUCCUCCCCAACGUCGCUGGAAGCUCAGUGUCCAUCAAGCCUAAGUGGACUGUGGAGGAGAACACAGGCCCAAUAUCUCAAGCCUGGGUUGUCAUGCAGGGAUCGGCUGCAAGACAGCACGACCAACCAGAGAAGUCUCCUGAAGAGAUCUGGCAGGAUAGAGAAACCCGUACAGUGGCCAAUCUGCCCAAGCCUCAUGGCUCUAAAGAGGGGCGUAGCACUUAUGUCUUCAACGGGGAUGUGGCCUCCGCAUUCGGAAGACUGGCCAGGAUUGUGAAAAACAAUCGUAUGUUCCUGGAGCUCCGGCAAUACGAAAGGCAUGAAAGGCGGGGUGCUAAGCGCAGCCGCCUUAAGAGCGAGCGCUGGAGGCGGCGGUUUGCCCAUGAGGUGCGGAUGAAGGUGAAGCUUGUCAAUGCAAUCCGUGCUCGGGGCGCGUGAUAAAGGCCACCUCUCCUCCCCGUCUCCAUUUCUCAACGUCUUCACUGUCUAUAUUUGUAUGUGUCGCAUGACUGCUGUAUUGAUAUGCAGCGCAAAUGACCCCAUUGCGCGUUCUCUCCGCGCGGUUGCGACCCCGACUGUGCGUCGAGAUUGUUGUGGACGUGAAGGGUCGGUUGGUUGUGAUGCCAAGUGGCACGCCCGGAAGAAACGGCCGCAGCUUUCAUACCUAUUGGAUUUGGCUCAAGAGCCUCGGAACACCGUACAGCGGUAGGUCGUGCUCGGCAGGAUCUUGCGCAGACGGCUUGCAGGGCGAGUGUAAGCGGGUUUCCGUCGCAGCUGAUGUGAAUUUGAAGGCAGGUAUCGUAAAUCUUCGCGGGGUAGGCUACUGCCGUCUUCGACUGACCAUUUCAGAUCCACAUUUAUCGUC